AUGGGGUACGCGCCGGGCAGCAGCUCUCCGUCGGGCUCGGUGGCCUCCAGGAUGUAUGCCGCCAGGGGGUUGCGGGCCAGGGCGCCGACCAGGAUGGGGAGCUGCUGGGUGAGCAGGUGCGUGGAGAUGCUGCGCUGGUUGGGGUGUGUGAGCUCGAUGUACAGCGCCCUGGGAGCGGAGGGGCGGGACUUGGGUGGAGGCGGGCGUCGGGGCAUGGGGAGGGUGGGGUGGGGAGCGCCGGCAUCGCGCGUGGGCCAGGCCACACGCCAGGGGUACGGAGAGCAGGAGCGGGGAUGGCAGGCUGGGAGUGCGUCGCUGGGAUCCAACUCUCCCGACUGGGGGCACUGGUUACCCCCACCCAGGUGCACCCGCGGUGAGCAAGGUGCACUGCUCGCAACUCCCUCCACCACCCAGACGCACCGCAGCCUGGGAAAGUUGAGUCGCCACCUGGAGGCCAGGACGGUGCCCACGACAAACAGGUCGUAG